AUGGCGAAAAAGUCACUCAAUCCUGCAGACUCUUUCCGGAAGGCGCAGCGUAAAAAGGAAUUGAAAAAGAAUAAGGCCGAACGUUCUAAAGCGCGAGAUUUUUCUCUCGUCAAGAAGGAUACUCAUGACCUCGAAGACGAAAUCGAGCGGCUGGAAGGCGCUGCAAAGACAUCCAACGCCGACCCGGAUAAAUUAGCAGAACUCAAAGCUGAACUAGAAAAGAUCAACAGAAAGAAAGCAGAAUAUGUUGCUGAGCAUCCAGAACAGCGACGUCUUGUCUAUCGACCUCGCAGAAAAGAAGGAGAGAAGGAGGAGGAGAUAGUCUUGCCAACCAGAAGGUUGUUCCGCAAGAACGGGCUUCCCCGACAUCCAGAGCGAAGUAUCUACUAUGACCCUGUGAUGAACAAGUUUGGUGUCGCUCCUCCUGGGAUGCCCUACAUGGAAAGGCCUCUUUUACCAGGUGAAGUUGACAGCGACGAAGAGAUGGAAGACGGUAUACCUCCAGAUUUCCAGAUCUCACAAAAGCUCAUCUUUCGUGCAGACGAGGAUAUUCCAAUGCCAGAAGGCCUUCCACCGGGGUCAGAACUGGUUACUGACGACGACGAUAUUCCCAUGCCAGACGGUCCUCCCCCAGGACACAAUACAGUCCAAGAACUACCACAUUUACCGCCGCCCAACACGACCGCACCCCCACCUCUAUCAGUCAACAGUCUUCCGCCGCCUCCACCCCCUGGAUAUCCGCCCAACAUUUCAUCAUUUGGUAUGCCUUUGGGAAGUUCACUCCCCCCGCCACCGCCAGGCGGCUUUCCUCCCACCAGCUCGUCACUACCACCCUUGCCGCCAGGUUCCACAGUUGGACACUUUCCUCCACGACCCCUGAAUUGGCCUGUCAACUUCCCCCCUCCGCCACCUCCAGGAUAUCCAGCAAUGGUACCUCCUAGCUUCCCACAGCUUUCAAAUUUCCCCCCUCCUCCUCCGUUUAAUCCAAACUCGAUGCCACCUCCUCCACCAGGUUUCUUUCCCCGACGGACUCAAUCAUCAUCCUCAGUGCAAGAUCCACUUUCCUCUAUCCCCCAUCAAACCUUCCAGGCACAUCGAGCCACUCAAUUGGCCGCUCCACAUCCCUCUUUGCCUCCAAAACCUACGAGUAAUACACAAACACCCCCUCAACCACAAGCAUCUGAAGCGGAGCUUGCCGCCGCAACAGUGUUCGCUGCUCCGCAACUACGAGACUUCAAGAAAGAGGCGACGGCAUUCGUACCCACAACGGUCAAACGCAAAAAGGCCGCGGCUGCGAGUACACCAUCGUCGGGUGUGAAUGCAGCGCCAUCGCUUGGUGAACUGGCGAAUGAUGCGGAAUUGAAUGUGGAUGCAAGGCCUGAUCUUUUGAGUACGUUGAAGAACCAGUUUGGACCCUCUCCCGGUUCACAGAAAGCCUCAACGAAACAAGACAAGGUGGAUUCAAAGCGAAAGGAUGAUUACGAUCGGUUCGUUGAAGAGAUGGGUGAUAUUCUGUAA